AUGCUAUUUUUGAGCCAGACAUUUUAGAUAUAGUGUCAACUCUAGUUAGCGAAUCUGUGGAAAAUAUUGGACAAAUCUUUGGCUCCCUCUGCCAUAGCUAUACGGGCGAGCCUUCAAAAAUUCAACUACUAAGUGACCUUUAUGACGAAUUUGCGAGCUCGGAUACUCAACCUAAAGCCGACUCAAUAUGCAAAGACGCGUUGAUGAAUAUACUUCUAGACAAAUAUGACACUGUUAAAAUAGAUGAAGUAGUAAAAUACAAUAUUCAGGCUUUAAACUCUGUAAUGCCACUAAUUCAAUCUCCGUAUUGGCGAAAAGCCGUGUAUGCUUUGUCAGAAAAAUAUCCAGAAAGCCAGUUUUUAAAUCUUUUAAUUCGGAAAAUUGCCGACGCAAACCAUAUCAACGAAAUAAAACACCUUAAAUCAGCGUCAACGAAUAUCGAUGUGUAUUCUAAAGUGUUGUUAGAUCAAUUUGAUAACCUAAUAGCAGAAGAUGAGGCUGGAGUAUCACAAAGCAUUCCAGAUUUAAUCAAAACUGCAGUCCAGCACCCGCAUUCAUACCUUUUUGCUCAGGCAUUGAUUAAACGCUUAUCUCAAGAACAAAAUGGCUACCCACUAAGGAAAUUGGCAAAAGAAUUAGAAAAAGGUGUUUCUAUUAACAAUACGGAACUGGUUGAAAAUUUAAGAAACUUAAUAGCGGCUCCACCGAUGCAAAUUGCAACUUCUAUUUUACGUAUUCCACCGACUCCUGGAGAUAUAGUAGCUUUACACAAACAAUAUUCCCUUGCACCAUUACCCUCGCCUAUAUAUUUGAGAGAUCCACAGUUACUUUGUAAGAACAAAAAUCAUGACUGGCUUUUAAAUAAUGCAUUUGUACCGUCUGAGAAAACCUUAAAUUUGAAACAGGACAUUAAGGAUAAGUAUUUAUAUCUUGCAGCUUAUGCUGCCUCUGCCGAAGAACGAGAGGAUGGAACGAUAGAUAACUCUAGAGUUAACACGACGUUUGAAACACUCAAGAAACUCCAAACUACCUUAGGGAAAAAGGGAGUUAUAGGCCUUGAAUUUAAUGCUAUCGUUAAAGAUCUUUUGGUAUAUAUUGAUACGCCAAUUGCAUCAAUGGCGACGAUUUUCUGGAUUAAAUAUAUUUUACGAGAGACGUCCUACUAUGAGAAGCAUUUCAAAACUAACGAAGUACCGUUACCGCACUACAUACUAGAAGAGAUCGCUUUCCGACAUCAAUAUCAACGAUUUCACGUCUUUAAUGCAUACAAAGCAGAAUUAGAGUCAUCUAAUAGAUUCACACCUGAAGUCAUGCAGACAGCCCUUCGGAAACAAUUAAUGGAACGCAUGGCUUACCUAGUUCAGAUUGGAUUCGUAAUGCAAGUAAUGUCGUAUAUAGAAAAAAAUCUUAGCAAGUUAGACGAAAAAUUGGUUACUAUUUUUGUCAAGAAGGUUGCCUCUGCAUGUGGACCUCCUUACUCGGAGGAAUUUUAUAUUUCAAUGUUGAAAUUAAUUGAAUACGCAAAGAUUCAAUUGGACUCUCAAAUCGACACGCGACCAAUGAUUGUACAAUUUUUUGCUGACUGCCCAUCAACAAUCGAUAACAAAUAUCGUGAACUUAUAAAUAAUUUGUUGGUUAUUUUUGGUAAUUAA